AUGGUGCAGCGAAGAAUUACCGAUGAGCUAAUUAGAGAACUUAUUGUCAAUUUGCCUGAUGAGUUUAACAAUCCAAGUAGCCCUGAUUAUCAGACGGUUCAUAUUAGAUGGUUCAAAUUUGUGAUUUCUCCUACUGUGAUUAAUGGUUUUCUUGGAAAUAUUGUUGAUAUUGACUGCUCUCUAUCGUGUCCUACUGAGAUUCUAGCUACUGUCUUAUCCGGUGGGACCUUGUCCACAUGGCCUGUAAAUGGGAUUCCUGCAGCUGCUCUCAGCAUCAAAUAUGCCACCCUGCACAAGAUUGGCAUUGCUAAUUGGUUCCCUUCCUCUCAUGCCUCCAGCAUAUCUGCUGCUUUAGGUACAUUUUUGUAUCAAAUUUGCAAUGAUGAUAAAGUAGAUACGGGUGCAUUCGUUUACAAUCAGCUGUUGAGGCAUGUUGGCUCUUUUGGGGUUAAGGUUCCAAUUGCUCUUCCGCGGUUUUUCUCCAGUCUGCUACUUCACUUAAAUGGAGCUGUGCUAACUGCUACUGAUGCUCCUGGACCUGAACCUAAAAUAAUUGUCCUUAGCUACAGACUCUUUCAAGGCAGUCAUGUGUCUGAUAUUGACCAUGAUGUGCAUCUGACUCGUGGCCCACGUAUUUUUGACACUACUGACUGGGAUGAGUCUGCUGAAGGCUUCUAUGUGGAUCGUGAGUUAGCUGCCCGCAUUGUUAAUUCUCUGACUGCUGAAUCUCAAGCACUAACUAACUCCAUCAAUCUGUUGUCUGAACGUCGAUUAGAGGUUGAUGCUCUCAUUUGUCAUUUGAAGUCUUUGGCACCAUCUACUAGUCGUCAGCAGCCAUCCUCCAGUUGA